AUGGCUUCCCGGGAAGACUCAGAGAUAGCCUCGGAAAGGCGCAAGCGCACACAUGCAAACUAUAGGGACAACUUGAAAGACAUACUCAAGCCCCUAGCGGGAGGUGUCUUGAAACGUGACAGAGUUGUUUGGUUUGAGGAUGGGAACAUCGUGCUGCAGGCGGGCGGAGUAGCCUUUCGAGUUUAUCAGGGGUUUUUGGCGAUGCACUCCGAGGUCUUCGCUGGCAUGUUUUCUGUCCCGCAGCCUAAGUCCGCGGAGCAACUCGACGGAUCCCCUGUCAUACACCUUGUAGACCAUCCCGACGACCUGCGGCAUCUCUUAUCCGCUCUGUUCAUCAACAAGAGCGAGAACCUCUAUGUCUGGGCGAGGGCCGACGUAGACAAGGCAAGCCCUCUCAUGACCCACAAGCGGAGGGAUGCGAUCGCUGCGGUCAACAUUGGCCGUCUCACAGGCAUAGCCAGUAUCCUUCCUGUCGCGCUCUACAUGUGCUGCCAACUUGAAACCGAAAUCAUCGUCAAUGGAUUCAAACGGCGGGACGGAAGGAGGGAGCAGCUCGCGCCGAAGGACAUCAUGAGAUGCCUGAAUGCCCGGAAGACACUCGUCCACGACAACGUCGUUUCUGCCACCCGCAUCUUCGCGCCUGUCACGUCCGGCGGAUGCACAAGUCCAAAAACGUGCACCGUGUCUCUUGUGGACCUUUUGCACGGCCAAGUGCGAUAUGACGGCGCUCUGAACGACUACAGAUGCCUCGAGGAUUGGGUCCCUUUCCUCCACUUCGACAAUCCGAACUAUCUCGCCCUCUGCGAUGAUUGCCAGUUGUUGGUGCAGGGAAGGGCAGCCGACGAGCGCGAAAGACUAUGGUUCCGACUCCCGUACACCAUGGGUGUCGAAGUCGAUGACUGGAUGGAGUAA